UUAGAGUUGUUUUUUUCUCUCAGGUUCGUAAAGCUGAUUAUUUUUACCGUGUCUGCUGAUAAAAAGGCACGAUGCCCUUCUGUCACUGGACGUCCCCCAGCACACUAACUGGUCUAGAGUCAGCCAGCUUUAGCUUUCCCAUCCCACCCUCUAUGCUUUCUAUUUAUAUUCAUCCUAAUUUCUCUCCAGGACUAUUUUCUCCCUGUGACGACGCACUGCUGUCACUUGUUGCCCCUCUUCAUCGGCUUUAUUUUUGUCUUCCUUCUCCAUGCAACUCCUAUGGCCGGGCUGAUGGAGUUGUUGCAAUGGUUGGUAUGCUGGAAUCCUUCAUCGUCAACAUUUGUGUGUUGGUUUCCAACAUACUCCAUACUUUGUGGACAAUAUUAACGUCUAAGCCAGACGAUUUGGCAGCGCUAGGCCCUUCGCACAGAGAUUUCAUGGAGGAUUUGAGUCCCAGAAAACUGGCUGAAAAUCAGCUGAAGCAACGGUUCCUGGAGGCCUUGCAGACCAACAACGCACAGGAAGUCCUUGAGAUUUUACAAACCAGCAAACUAGACAUUGACGUUGUGUUGGAGGUGGAAGAUCCCAGCAUGGUCCUCGCCUCCUACAAACAAGGAUACUGGCUACCCGGCUACAAACUGGAAAAGUCCUGGGCCAUGGGUAUCCAUGUAUGUGUGAUGUACAAUGCUGUGGAGACGGCGCUGGUACUACUUCAGAAAGGCGCAGGCGUCAACCAGAUGCCCAAUGGGAAGACGCCUCUGCACGUAGCCUGCGAGGUGUCCAAUGGAGACUGUGUGGCCUUGCUUUUGGCUCACGGGGCAAAGGUCAACAGCCUGUCACUGAGCGGACACACGCCGCUGCACUACUGCAUUACCCGGGAGUCUGUAGAGUGUGCCAAGCAGCUUAUCCUCAAAGGUGCAAAAGUCAACAAGGCGAGCCACAACAACGAAGAGGACACACCUCUACACACGGCAGCCAGAUUCGGUGUUCCGGAGCUGGUGGCUCUCUUUUUGGCUCAUGGAGCAUCUGUGGAUGCAGUGAACUCUUUGCAGGAGACUCCUCUGAUGACUGCAGCCUUCUGGGCUUUUGACACUAAGGAGCAAACCUACAGCCAAGACCAUCAUCUAGUCUGUCGCCUCCUGCUGGACCAUCAAGCUGAUCCCAACAUUCAGGAGGCGGACCACAAAACAGCCCUUCACAAAGCUGCCUGGAACUGCGAUCACGUCCUGAUAAAGAUGCUGCUGGAGGCUGGGGCAAAUUCUCGAGCCAUGGACAUCAACGGCUGUUCUCCCAUUCAGUAUCUCCUCAAAGUGACGGAAGUCAGGCCUAUGGCCAUACCAGACCUCUGCUUUCAGCUGCUGCUCAACUACAAUGCAGCACGGAUUUACCCACCACAGUUCCACAAGGUGUUCCAGAACUGCCAUGACUACCCCAGAGUAGUAGAAAUCUUGGUUAACUCCUAUAGCAGUUUAAAACCCACAAGGAAGUGGAGAGCUGCUCUUCCUGAUGACUGCUACAAGCGCCAUAAAGACUUCUACGACUCCGUGUUUGCUGUUUGCACCGACGCUCCUCGCAGUCUGCUUCACCUCUCCAGAUGUGCCAUCAGAGCUGCCCUGGGCGGUUUCUGUGACAGAGGAGUAGCACAGCUGCCUCUGCCAUUAUCUAUGAAGAAGUAUUUAUUACUAGAACCUGAGGGGAUACUGUACUGAUAGAGACUCUGGCGUUCUGAUGUGCAGAAUGAGGCCUAAUGACCCGAAUAGAAACAUUUAUUAGGUGCCUCUCCGCUAACUGUGGAAAUGAAAAGUGGUGCAAGAUGAAACAUCAUCAUCAUUAACAUUUUAUUUAUUUAAAAACCUCAGAAAGCACAGAAAAAGAACAAAAAAAAGGUCUUUGUUGUGCCUGCAGGAUGAGCCAUUUCUGUGUUUUAGUUAAUAGCUGCUAACAUUCCAGGACAGCUGACGGGUCGGAGGGGGGAUUUGUUCAAAUAGCUUUCAGAUGCUUUUAGAUGUUAAAUCCUCCUCAUUGGUGUUUUUGUUAUAUAGAUGGCAAUGGUGUGUCUAGUCUGAAUCUUAAGGCAUAGUGAUAUAUAUAUACUAUAUAUAAAGGCUUGAUAGUGGAGCCUGCCCAAAAAAUAACUUCCCUGUAAAAUAUUGUGAGAAAAUUCUUAGAGUAAUUUUGUUUCUUGUAAAUAAUGAAAGAAAUAUUAAGUAAGCUCUUUUUUUCCAACCCAAAUGACUCCUAGUGUUGCCUUCUCUCUGUUAGGUUGUUAUUAUGAGAACAAACUACCACAUUCAGAAUUUCUUGCAUUCAAAAAUAAAAAACCAUUUGGUCUUUUCAAAGAUAAGGACCAAAUUAUGGGGGUGUUAAAAGUUAAAUGAGAGCUGUGGAUGAACAUUUUUCUCUGUAUAAAGAGAAGGUGUCCAAUUAGAAGGACAGAGCUUUGAACACUGCCUGUUGUGACACGGUGCAGCCUGAAAACACAGGCAGCUUCAUGAUGAAUCAAUGGUGCAAAUAACACAGCCAAGGUUUCUCCAGCUUCUGAACCCACUGAAAGAAGUUAUUAGUAGUUAAUUUGCUCCAUAUCAAUUUUUGAGGAGAUAAAUGUAGAAUAUAUUGAAAAAACUGAAACUAAAUGUGACGUCAUGCGGGGAGAGAUCAUUUUAGAUAUAUUGCUAUGUUGACACCUUUACUAGCCUGGUGAGUCUGAAAUUAAUUUUACUAAAAAGAAACAGUUUGAUUAUCAGCGUCUCGUUUCAGCCAACACCCAGAGGCGUCUGAGAUAAUGGGACAUGUAGAAGUCAUAUUUGUUAUGUCCUAAUAAAAGACUAAGAAUAAGAUGUACGAAGCUCUAGAUCACUUACAUUAAUGUCUAAGGUGGUGAUAACAGAAAAGCAAAAAGAAAGAAGUUUUAAAGCAGUGACAGCAUCACUCCCUGUUUAAUCUUUAGAAAAACCUCUGGAAAAAGAAAUGUCAAUGCUAAAACUUGAGUGGAACUGUUAUGACAUUAUUUACCAAAAAACUGAAGGUGGUUUGAGGCUGGACAUGACUGAGGAAGCCUUAAAUGUUUAAUCGACAAAUGUGCAAAUGUUUGCAUUUACUUUAUUCCUUAGAGUGACAGAGGGACCUUUAGCCACCCAAAAAGAAGCAUCUAAAGAGUUUUUAGUGUGAGUCUCUUUGCUGUAGCUAUUUUCCACCUGUGCAGUGUUGACCAGAUUCUCUCUCUACGGACAGCACAUGCAGAGGAGGCUCCAAAUCUACCCGGCAACCAGCCUUAAUGCGCACUCUCAAACUCAUGUUCCACUUUCAGGAGAACAAACACUUGACAAAGCCCUCUGGAACAAGUGCUUGCUUUUCCAGUGGACUGCUUGUAGCCAAAAAAAGGUAAACACUGUCUGCAGUGCAAGAAAGCACCCGACGCCCUCAGAUCAGAGAUAACUUCUUAAAAAGGAAGAAGAAGAACUUAAUAUUCUUUUCAGGUUUUAUCAGAAUGAGCACGGUAAAUCCUCUCCUAGAGGAAACUGUUCUGAAAGGUGUCAAGCCCGCCUUUAAUCCUUACAGAACAUGGCCUGGUCCUUUCACCACAGUCACAACAGCAUGCUGUAAUGAUGUCUGUCUACUUCACACAGAUGCUGAGUCACAGGGAGAAAGACUAAUGUACAACAGAGGAAAGAAGUCAUUAGACUGAGGCAGACUGGAGGAGACGCUAGAGGAGAUAAAUGAACUGUCAACCUAAUGAAACGUUAAGAUUAAAGCUUUGCGCUUGGUAUUUUUGUGUCGUCUCUAAUGAUGCAUUAUAGAGACACAUGAAAAUAAAUUUUCUAAGUGUUAGUACAUAAUGAGUAUCUGAGGCGAGGAGAAGGCAUUUUAAAAUAUUCAGAAAACCAUCUCCAAAAUAUUUAUUGUUUGGAUAAUCACACUUUCAGUACUUGAAAGUGUGAUUAUAUUACUGUGUCAAAGUUUUGAGCCUAAAAUAGUUGAGAUACAUCUUGGCAUGGAGUGCAGCGUGUCCUUAAAAAUGAGAAGAAACUGGACAAAUCGAGGACAAAAGCAGAAGAAGCACAUCUAAAAUAAAAUUUUAAAAAAUCCAGCUACAGCAUUUGAAAUUAUCUGAAAGUCAUGUCCUUAAAAAACAGGAAAAAAGUCCAGCAAAGGCCGGACACUGGACCAGAAGCCUCAUCAGAAAUGGACUCAGUGGAAGGUUGGCUGUCGAGAAGCUAUUCUUAAGGAACACUGAGAAAAGGCAGCGGUAAGCCAAGAUCAGCCAUGGAUUGGCCUCCCCAGAGCCCAGACCUCAGCAUUACUGAGGCAGUGUGGGAAGAAGAGCUUUGAUUGUCCUUCAAGAAGCCUGGAGAACUAUUCCUUGGCUGCUCCUUCAUCCACAAGGGGUCACCACAGAUGCUUAAAGAAAUUACAAGACCGCUUGCCUAAGGGAGCUUCUGCUCAGCAGUGCAGCUGCAAAUAAAUGAAAUGUGACCAAAAGAGUAGAAGCUGUUUAUACCCAGUAAUGCAGAUAGAAAGAUACAGUCAUUAUGAACCUUACAGCAGUCUAUAGGUCAUGUGGAGGUGUCUGUACUGGACUUCUGUUCUGUACUUUUUGGACAACCCAGCAUUACCAAAACUCGCAGCUUGAAAUCCAUCCAUGAAUCCUUUUUAGUAUCUGCAUAUCCAGUUCAGUGGAAGGGGGUCUGGAGAUUAUCGCAGCCGUCCUGGGCCACUCCAUCUGUGAAGUCUCAAAAUUAAACAAAACAGUUGAUCUCUUUAUGCACCCAAAAGUGCUGCACUUUGUCUGCUGCUGCUUUUUAGUAAUGUCAUUGUAAACAAACAGUGUCAACAGUAAAAGGGUAAAUCCAGGCGAACUCGUGCCCCGGCAUGUUGCACAGUCAAACACGGACCAAAGCAAAUAUUUGUGCUGUGAUAUUUGUAUUCACUUGUACUCCUUAACUUUCUAUGCCAAGAUUCACAGCAAAGAUCCAAACCAAGUGUCUCAUGUAGCCUUCUGAUUUGCAUGUGUUCAUAUUUUGUAGAGGGAACAUUGUUAGGAUGACUGAAGGACCAGGACCCGAGUGGCCUAAUUCUAAAAAUACACCAGUAAGGAUUACUUUGGAGAAAAGGUCUUUGCUUUUAUUGAUCUUAUACUUUUACUCUCUCUUAUCUUUCAGAUCGACCUUGUAUAAUUCAGUAUUUGUAUGAUGAUGCCAAUAAACUUUAAAACAGAACAGAGUGACACAAACAAACAAAGAGAAACCAACUAGAAAGGAGCACCGCAUUUGCGGGCACACCGACGAAGCUGCAAAACAAGACAGCCUGUUCUCGGCCUCUAUUGGAAGGCGGCCACAGAAAGCCACUGGACCGUGUCUAUUAUGGUGAGUUACAAACAGCAAAGUUUCCUAAAACAAGCUGUGGAAAAAGAGAAGGGAGACUUUACCGAGAGCGGUAACAAAUGGGAGCUGUUUACAGACUGUAAACAGUUUCAUUUCUGUUCACCAACUGUUCAGAUGAACAACAAAGUGCAGAAGCAUGAAGUGGAUCUGAAGAAAUGAUACACUGAGAGGUGACACGAGUUUUUUUAUUUCCACAUUCACUGGUCCUCUUAGUGGUGAACCACAGACUCAGUACAGGGACACUUGGCCUUUGAGUGACACUCAUAGAGUAAAAGGUGAAAACUGCACGUCUAUGAAUUUAAGGGAAAACAACACAUAAAGGUUAAAAUAUUUUCCCAAGACAUUUUUCCAAACUUAAAACUAAAUGGAUUGAAUAUAAAAGUAUGACUGGCAGCUAAUGGCUUAAAUCUUACAUAAGGUCCUCUCUCAUCUGUUUGUGUUGCUCCUACGUGCCUCCAACACUGACCGUAUCCUGUCAGGCACAGAUAACAGGGUGAUGGCUUACAGUGCGUUACAUAACAGGGAGCUAAAGUACAAUUUCCUGCAGAAAUUGUACUUCCCAUUAAA